AUGGAGGCUGCAUCCAGCCCGAGCAGGAGGGAGUCCCGCGGCCUCGCCUGGCCGGCGGUGGCCCUUUCACGCGGCACAAGCGCACAGCUCGCUGCCCUCCUCGCUUUGGCUCCUGUGCGAGCCAGCCGCUGCGAGGGGCCUCCAGGACCCAAAGGGGAAAAGGGUGAAGCAGGGGACAUCGGCCCAAGGGGCGAUCAAGGUCGUGAUGGAGCCACUGGCCCCCCUGGCCCACCGGGACCCCCUGGUGCCCGGGGGCCUCCUGGCGAUACAGGCAAAGAUGGCCCAAGAGGACCUCAAGGCCCCCCUGGUUUUAAAGGAGAGCCAGGAGAGGACGGUCUCACGGGUGCCAGGGGACCUCCGGGACCAAAGGGCGAGCCUGGUGUCCAAGGGAAAAAGGGUGAUGACGGGAUCCCAGGGGAGCCAGGACUUGUGGGCGCUAAGGGAGAAAAAGGAAGUCCUGGUCCAAUGGGAGAGAACGGCACAGAUGGUUUGCCAGGAUCCAAGGGUGAACCUGGUGAGAAGGGAGGAGUCGGCUCCAUUGGACCACGGGGUCCGCCUGGCCUGAAGGGGGAACAGGGCGACACCGUGGUGAUCGACUACGACGGCCGCAUCCUGGACGCGCUCAAGGUGAGCCCAGGGGCGAGCCGAAAACGCAACGGGCAGCGCUGGCUGCGGGAGCUGAGGCUACAGGUGGGAGAGCUGGGCUUGCCUGGGCCGCCCGGACUCGACGGUGAAAAGGGUCCCAAAGGAGCUAAGGGUGACCAAGGAAGCGCAGGCAUCAUGGGGCAGAAAGGCGAGACGGGAGAAAUGGGCUUAUCUGGUCCACCGGGAGCUGAUGGACCAAAAGGAGAAAAAGGAGAAACGGGAUUGCCGUGUUUGCAGAAUAAUCAUAUCAUCCCCGAACCAGGACCUCCCGGACUGCCCGGCCCUAUGGGUCCUCCAGGAAUCCAGGGGCCUAAAGGCUUGGACGGUGCCAAAGGAGAAAAAGGCGACAGUGGUGAGAAAGGGGAACGUGGUGACACUGGACCAGCUGGUCUCCCUGGUACUCCAGGACUUAUCGGUUUACCCGGCACCAAAGGAGAGAAGGGAAAGCCAGGGGAACCAGGAUUAGACGGCUUCCCAGGUCUAAGAGGAGAGAAAGGAGAAAGAAGUGAAAGAGGGGAGAAGGGUGAGAGAGGAAUGCCAGGGAGAAAAGGAGCUAAAGGGCAGAAAGGGGAACCAGGCCCUCCUGGGCUGGACCAGCCUUGUCCAGUGAAACGCUGGUGGAAAUGGAUCCUGCAGUAUGCGGCAACGGAUCCUGCAGUAUGCGGCAACUAUUGCCGCAUCAGCUAUGAGGAAGUCAACCAAUAG